AUGCCUCACUUUGGACGUGAUGCGACGCUGUCUUGGGCCUCCGCCACGCCCCAUAGACCAGCUAUAUGCACGAGGGCUGUGGGACUGGACCAGUCAUGCACUGGAGCAUCGGACGGUAUCCGAGUUUGUUUCGAGGAUCAGGGCUUCAAGGCGCGUGGUAAGACUGGAUUGAGGCGGAAUUUGCGACCGCAAUCAAGCCUUUUUGGUGUCUGGGGGCCGAGCAGCUCGCAGCAAACAAUAAAUGGCACUGAGACUAUUGUUCUUCGCUGGGGUUUUGUGUCGAGCAUUUGGGACUCGAAGAAAAGCCAUGCAGUGUCAGUUGAGAGCAGCGAAAACAUAGCCCCUUCUCUCCAUUUUAUAAAUGACCACGCUGUUUCUGUCUUGGCGACAAUUUUAUUUUUAUCACAUUCCCGACGACUUUCUCAUGCGCUUCGGCCUAAUCUAUUUGAUCUGUGCUGUGUCAGUUGCGUAAUCGCGCCAAGGAUCCGGGUGCCGGACAGCGAAUCCAGCCUUAUGUACCGAUGA